UUCAUCCAUUGGCAACAGCUUAUUCAUCUGGAAUAAUAAGAACCUGUCCCUUUUUCCCAUUUCCCACACUAGGAGUCAGUCAGACGUGCCGAUGGGGCAGUUUACAUCCAAACGGGGUGGGGCUGACCCGAGAGCUGUCCCCAACGUCCAAUUCUCCGGUGACGAAGGACCGCCCAGGUACUCCACGCACGGAAUGCCUCCAACCAUCGUAAUAUCGGACGUCGAGUCAAGUGCAUCAGAGCGCCGCGGCUCGAGGGCGGAGCUGCGGAGAUCUUCUGUCUACAGCACGUUAGACCUGGUACCACAGCUGGGGCAUUACACCCGCACACUGCACCAGCAGAAGGGGAGCCGGCCAUCCCUUGAUGCUCUUCGCAAGGCAUUUGAGGAGAAGGAGGCGGAAGCGGAGGUCCCAACCACAGACUCAGGAGAUGGCAGUCUGCCUAACAGUGGACCUGAAGCACCAAAAGGUCCACCAAAGAAAGCUCCUGCUAGAUUUGGCUGGUUUAUUGGAGUCAUGAUGCGUUGCAUGCUGAAUAUUUGGGGAGUCAUCCUGUUUCUGCGUGUAACAGUGAUCACUUCUCAGGCAGGCAUUGUGUUGAUGUGGGUUAUUAUUGGGUUGUCUGUCAUGGUGACCACGAUAACUGGCCUCUCCAUCUCCGCCAUCGCCACCAACGGAAGAGUGAUUUCAGGUGGGACGUAUUUCAUGAUCUCCCGCUCACUGGGUUAUGAACUUGGCGCCCCGAUCGGGUUGGUCUUUUCCUUCGCCAACGCUCUGGCCUGUGCGCUCAACACUGUUGGCUUUUCAAUUGUGGUCCGGGAUCUAAUGCGGGAUUAUAAUGUCAUCAUUGUCGAUGACUUGAAUGACGUCCGAAUUGUGGGCGUGAUCACACUAGUUAUUCUUCUGAUGAUUACAUUGGCUGGAAUGGAGUGGGAGUCCAAGACCCAGAUUUUGUUCUUUAUAAUUCUCUUGGUUUCGUUUGCCGACUACUUGGUGGGCACACUCAUCCCGCACUCUAAAGAGAAACAGUCCAAAGGCCUCUUUGGAUACAACAAGGACAUCUUCAUUUCGAACCUGACACCAGAUUGGAGAGGACCUGACGGCAACUUUUUCCGCAUGUUUUCUAUUUUCUUUCCCGGUGCCACUGGUAUCCUGUCUGGAGUCAACAUCUGUGGCGACCUCAAAGACCCUGCUACUGCUAUCCCCAAAGGAACCCUAGGGGCCAUUCUCGUUACCACACUCUCCUAUCUAAUUCUUUCUGUAACUUCUGGUGCCUCUGUGGUGCGUGACGCCUCUGGCAACAUGAGUGACUAUAUCGGUGGAAACAUCACUAGUGACUGUGUGGGUCUGGGAUGUAACUUCGGCUGGAACUUCACAAAAUGCAUCUUGGCCCAGAAUUGUAAAUUUGGUCUGGCCAACACUUCAAAGGUAAUGGGUCUACUAUCAGGUUCGUACUACCUGAUCAUCGCUGGUGUCUUUGCAGCCACCUUGUCGUCAGCUCUUGGUUUCCUCGUCUCCGCUCCUAAAAUCUUUCAGUGUCUGUGCAAAGACAAAAUAUACCCAUACAUUGGAUUCUUUGGAAAAGGCUAUGGGAAAAACAAUGAGCCACUCCGUGCCUAUGUACUCUGCUUCCUCAUUGCUGUGGCCCUCGUUAUCUAUGGUGAUCUGAACACCAUCGCAGCCUUGAACUCCAACUUAUUCAUGUGUUCCUAUGCCCUCAUCAACUUCAGCUGCUUUCACGCUUCAAUCACAAAUGCUCCCGGUUGGAGGCCAAUGUUUCAUUACUACAAUAAAUGGCUAGCUUUAUUUGCAGCAGCGGUCGCUGUGUUGCUGAUGUUCCUCUUUACCUGGUGGGCAGCUCUCGUCGUCCUUAGCGUCAUGGCUUUCCUGUUUAUAUACGUCACCUACAACAAACCAAAUGUGAACUGGGGUUCAUCAGUCCAGGCAGGUUCAUACAACAUGGCUUUGUCAUACUCUGUCGCUUUAACUGGUGUCAACGAUCAUGUCAAAAAUUACAGACCGCAAUGCCUGGUCCUGACUGGGCCACCAACCCAGCGACCAGCUCUGGUGGACUUUGUUGAUUCCUUUACCAAACACGCAAGCCUCAUGAUCUGUGGAGACAUAAUCAUGGAUCAGGACCGGCAGAGUCAGCCACAGGAGGCCACAGAUAUGUUGGUAAAGUGGAUGAACAAGAGGAAGGUGCGCUCCUUUUAUUCUCCUUUCCCUGCUGACAGCCUCAGAGUUGGAGCUCGGAACUUGCUACAGACUUCUGGUCUUGGAAAGCUGAAGCCCAACAUUCUGGUCCUGGGCUUCAAGUCAAACUGGAGGGACAGUUCUCCUGAAAGCAUUGAUGAUUAUAUCAACACCAUAUACGAUACCUUCGACACUAACUACUCUUUAUGUAUCCUGAGGAUGAUGGAAGGGUUGGAUGUCUCUGAUCAGUUUGAUUUUGAAGUGAACAAGGGGUUUGAGCCUGAUGAAUCUAUUGAGAAAGACGACCAGAAAUCUCAGAAGAAACCCGCUGACAGCAUCCCCGAGGAAGACAACAAAGAGCAGAUGAAGACAGUGUUUCAGACUGACCAGGGGAAGAAGACCAUUGACGUCUACUGGAUAGCAGAUGAUGGAGGUCUGACUCUGCUGGUGCCUUACCUGCUCACCAGGAGAAAACGCUGGCACAACUGUAAGGUCAGGGUCUUUGUCGUAGGAGACGAACAAAACAUGGAGGAAAACCGCGCCGAGAUGCUUAAGCUUCUGGAUCGGUUUCGUUUUGGUUUUAAGGAUGUUACAGUCAUGACGGACAGCGAGAAGCGUCCACAGGCCAAGAGCAUUGAAAAGUUUGAGGAGUCUGUCGCCCCCUUCAGGCUGUAUGAUGAACAGUAUGAAGGUGUUUCAGCUCAGGAGCUGAGAGAAAACUCUCCAUGGAAAAUACCAGACAAAGAGUUUGAGGCCUUUAGACAAAAGUCGGAGACCAAAGUGAGGCUGAAUGAAAUCAUCCGGAGGAAUUCAAUGCACGCUGGUCUCGUGCUUGUGAGCCUUCCAGUGCCACACAGCGACUGCACCAGUGCUCUGUACAUGGCCUGGCUGGACUCUCUGACCUGUGGCCUCCACUGCCCUGUGGUGCUGAUACGAGGAAACCAGGAGAACGUGCUCACUUUCUACUGCCAGUGAAUCAAUAAGUGGUCUUACGGGAAUGGACACUAAAUUAAAACACACUAACUUAAGAAGU